AUGGUAACGAAAUUUAAAAAAUCCAAUAAUAAAGAUAAAUAUUUCGACCGGAAAAUUAUCCCGCAAAUUUUUGCUCACGAGGACAAAGAUGAAUGGAGAUAUUUUGCCUUGGAGCCAUACAUUUCCACUUUGUACGAUUACUGCCGCUGUGAUGGACAGUACAAGGGACCAACGUUGCUCAGCAAAUCUCAAGUCAUUGAUCAAAUGAUCAGCGGAAUCAAGUAUCUGCAUAACUUAGAGUAUCCACACGGGGAUCUUAAUCCGCUCAACAUUAUCAUUUCUCGAGACGGGCGAAUAAAACUAUCCGAUUUCGGAUUGUCGAAACUUAGUUAUACCAAAUCAAACCAACCAGAUAAUCUCUCGAUUCAAAUUCUGGAGAUCUGUUGA